GUUGUGCCUUGCGCUCGAGGUGCUGGUCUACGCUGGCCUGGACAGUCCGGGCUAGGAGCGGGAGCCGAGCGGAGGCGGAGGAGAUGGCGUCCCAGCCGCCACCUCCCCCGAAACCCUGGGAGACCCGCCGAAUUCCGGGAGCCGGACCGGGACCAGGACCCGGCCCCACUUUCCAAUCUGCUGAUUUGGGUCCUACUUUAAUGACAAGACCUGGACAACCAGCACUUACCAGAGUGCCCCCACCUAUUCUUCCAAGGCCAUCACAGCAGACAGGAAGUAGCAGUGUGAACACUUUUAGACCUGCUUACAGUUCAUUUUCUUCUGGAUAUGGUGCCUAUGGAAAUUCAUUUUAUGGAAGCUAUAGUCCUUAUAGUUACGGAUAUAAUGGGCUGGGCUACAACCGCCUCCGUGUAGAUGAUCUUCCACCCAGUAGAUUUGUUCAGCAAGCUGAAGAAAGCAGCAGGGGUGCAUUUCAGUCCAUUGAAAGUAUUGUGCAUGCAUUUGCCUCUGUCAGUAUGAUGAUGGAUGCUACCUUUUCAGCUGUCUAUAACAGUUUCAGGGCUGUAUUGGAUGUAGCAAAUCACUUUUCCCGACUGAAAAUACACUUUACAAAAGUGUUUUCAGCUUUUGCAUUAGUUAGGACUAUACGGUAUCUUUACAGAAGGUUACAGCGGAUGUUAGGUUUAAGAAGAGGCUCUGAGAAUGAAGACCUCUGGGCGGAAAGUGAAGGAACUGUGGCAUGCCUUGGUGCUGAGGACCGAGCAGCUACCUCAGCAAAAUCAUGGCCAAUAUUCUUGUUCUUUGCUGUUAUCCUUGGUGGUCCUUACCUCAUUUGGAAACUAUUGUCUACUCAUAGUGAUGAAGUAACAGACAGCAUCAACUGGGCAAGUGGUGAGGAUGACCAUGUAGUCGCCAGAGCAGAAUAUGAUUUUGCUGCCGUAUCUGAAGAAGAAAUUUCUUUCCGGGCUGGUGAUAUGCUAAACUUAGCUCUCAAAGAACAACAACCCAAAGUGCGUGGUUGGCUUCUGGCUAGUCUUGAUGGCCAAACAACAGGACUUAUACCUGCAAAUUAUGUCAAAAUUCUUGGUAAAAGAAAAGGUAGGAAAACGGUGGAAUCAAGUAAAAUUUCCAAGCAGCAACCUUCUUUUACCAACCCAACACUACCUAAAGGAGCCAUGGUUGCUGAUUCUUUGGAUGAACAGGAAGCUGCCUUUGAAUCUGUUUUUGUUGAAACUAAUAAGGUUCCAGUCGCACCUGAUUCCACUGGGAAAGAUGGAGAAAAGCAAGAUCUUUGAUAUCUUUCAUGUUUGCUUGCAGUUGAACAAUAGAGUACUUUUUAAAAUUAUUUCUCACAAAGAAAUGAAUGUACAAUCCAAUGAAAACAUUUGUUAUUGGCUAUUUCAGGUGUUUUGCUGCUAGAAAUUUAAUUAAAGUUACACACUAGUAUGUUGGUCUGGUGACCUGGUUACAUUUUAUUACACACAUUAUUGGACCAUAAGGACAUUUGUUUCACCUAGAUUUUAAGAUUAUGGAGACUGCUGUCAUUUUCAUCUUACUUAGAUCUCUAGGUUUGUUGGAAGAGUAAGAUUGAUGAACUAUAGCAUGCACAGUUUGGUACAGUAGGGAUCAUUAAUACUUUUAAAAGUUCUAAAUUAAUUGACUUGGAAUCCUUAGAAAUGGAGUGAUAACAUAUCAGUAUGAGAACAAGCAAAAGGUAAAUUUUUUUUUUUACAACCUUAAGUAAUCUCAACAAUAAAAUUUUCUGAUCUGUAUUAUAUCCAGUGUUGGGUUUAUAUUUUCACCCACAAACAACUGACACUACUAUCUUUUACUGUAUUUUUAAAAAUUUAUCUUGAAAAGGUCACCCAGAAGCAUUCUGAAGGAGAUGGUUCUAGAAUGAUAGAGUAUGUAGCCUUAAUAGUUUUCCCUCCUAGCAAAAAGUCUGAAACUUAUCUUUCUUACAAACUGUUCCAUUUCUUCUAAGGAUCACUUAUUUAUUUAUCUCUUUAAGCUGGGCAUGGUGGCUCAUGCCUGU